AUGACCAUCACCGGACCGGCCGUUGCUUGCGGUCACACAAAUGGGUCCGCCUUCAUGUCACGUGUAGCUUGUGUGUUUUUUGUCACUUCAGUAUUGAGUCCCAAAUGAUUUUAGUUGUUUUUCUGCCGAUUUUUUAUGCCUCGGACGUUGUUUGUGAAUCGCACGGCAGCUGGCGCCCAUUCAUACCACCGAAAAAUAUCAAGGAAGUUAAUAUCCCCAGCAACUUCGAAGAUGCUCUUAAAUCCUCCGCAUUCGUUGACAAAACCGGUUUCAUCCGCGAAUUUUUCGCGAGCAAAGAACCGCUCUACAUCUCUGCACCGCAUGGUUUCGGAAAAUCAACCACCAUAGACAUGCUCAGAAAAUUCUCGGAAGCAAAGGUGGACGUGAACGGGACUCUGAUCGACAGGAACUCAACACGCGACUACAACAUGUUCUUGGACAAGCGGCUCGAGGUGACGAGGGAUUCGAGCUUUUUCAGCAAACACUUCUGCCAGUACCCCGUGUUGGAGUUGCGUUUUAAGUACUUGAUGGCCUCUCGGUCCCUCGGGGAGUUCGAGCGCUUCUUUCGCGCAGUCGUUGUUGUUGCCUCCAAGGAGCACUCCUACCUUACCCGCUCCAGCAAACUUACCCAAGAGGAGCGGCAACGCUACAGCAUCAUCUACAACAACACCCUUAAAUCUGCGCCGGAGGCGAUGGCCAAGGAGAUGACAGCCCUUCUGCAUGCUCAUCACAAGAAGAAAUGCAUCGUCCUCAUCGAUGACUUCGACUCAAGUCUUGUCCAAGUGUUAGCCAGUCACAGGAUCUUCAUCAGCGAUGUCCAGGCUAUCUUUGAAAUGCUCCAGAAAUUCUUAACGGUUGUGGUAAAAAAGAACGAUCACCUGGAGAAAGCACUCGUCACUGGUUGUGUCCACCUCGUCUCUGAAACAGCCGAGGACCCGAAAGACGUUGGCAUUCGCAAUGUGGUCUUCGGGCAGGACGAGAAAAUUGCCCAAUAUUUCGGCUACACAAAUGACGAGGUAAUGCAUCUAUGUCGUAAAACGAAGAAAGACCGCCAGUUGGAUGUGUUACGAGCAUGGUACGGAGGAUAUGCAGUUAGAACUAGUUCGAUGAAGCUAUUCAACAUGAUAUCAAUCUCAAAAUUUUUUAAGACAGGAAACAUUGCGAGCUAUUGGGAAGGUGGAAAUGCUACCAAAGGUCUAGAUUUUAUUUUCGACUACAAAAUUAUUGGUGACGAGGUACGAAGAGCUUUGUCCUACGGCACAUUACUGCGAAUUAAAGUUGGGCAUCCUUUCUCGAGGAUAUUCUCAGUCAAGGCAAUCGUGGGGCUCGUGGAGAAGGCACGUGCUUUUUACGAAGGGAAGGACGUUGACUCGCUCAUGUCGCAGAGGGAGCUGCUGUUGAAGUAUUUGACCGACCACGGCUACUUCUCCGCUUGGUAUGACGUGGCGCGGAACAAGGAAGUCUUUUCAGCCACCAUCCCCAACUACGAGGUUCGCGGUCUCCUCGAUGGUUUUAUCUACACGCCGCUCUUCUUCGAAAGCAAAUACAACCUCACCGAAGUCACCAUAGGGGCAUUUAUCCAAUCGCUCUUCAAUCUCACUCAGGAUAAAUCUGGGUACAAAGACUUAGCCAUGGCCAUGUCGAAACUAAUCACCGACGAUCCCACUAUCGAGGGCGCUGCAGAAUGGAUUCGGAUGUUGGCUGUCUUCGCGGACUACUCCCAAAAAUUUGAGUAUAUCGGUCGUGAGAUGCUGCCAAACAAGGAGGAAGGCCAAAACCUCAUCAUCAUCACGAAAGAACCAGAGCUACCAAACGGAAAGGGUCCUCGCACUGGUAUCCUCAUAAGGGUCAUGACCGACAAAAAAAAAUUAGCGCAAGUGGCGCUCGAGGAUAUCCUAAAGCACGGUCAUCAGCGGGUAUUCGAAGAAAAGCUCAAAAUGCUACCCAUCGGGAACAAGAUCCUCAUUGGAAUGCACCUUGCCAAAAACAAACUAGUCACACUGAGGUACUUGGACGGUAGCACAAACAUAAAAAAAGCCCGCGAUGCGACCAGCGCCGAACAAAGUCCGAAGCGCCAUUUCUGGCAGAAACUUUUUGGAAAAAAGACAGACUCUCCCCAAGAGAGUUAAAAACUCAGAAAAAAAGAUGUUGGUUUGUUUUCAAUCUCUUUAAUUCUUAUCAGAAAUGGAUAGUUAUUAUGAAAGUUAGUACAAAAUAAAUUAAUAAAAAUUGUCACAUACACAA